CGAAGGCUGCGCCAUCUGUUGCUUGAUACUUCGAUCAUGAUGGGGAAGGGAAUUUAGAAUUUGUCUCAGUUGAUGGCAGUACCUGCAUAUGUGGCCACUGAAUCCCUUUCUUUCUUUGUCCAGCCAGUAGCUGAAAUCGCCCGAGUUGUGUACCAUGAAUGAUGACAAGCCAUUUGUUUGCCCUGUUGAUGGCUGUGGCAUGCGAUUUACAAAUGAAGACCACCUCAACGUACACUCCAAGAAACAUGAGAUGUCACUGGCACUAAAUGCAGGGGAGCCAUCAAGCAGCUCUUCCCCAGCCCACCACUUCCUCGACCAAACCCCAACACCUACCAAGUUCCUCAAGAACUAUGAGGAGAUCAGUCUCUUUCAGGAGCUGUCCAAAAACCCAUUUGAUGAUGCGUACAAGAAAGCCCUGGAUAGUGAUGUUGUGGCAGCCCCACUGCCCGGCCCACAGACGGGAGAGCUCAACACACCCACACUUAUCCUCACUGACACGCUCAAAGCCUCCUCUGUGGUCGCCCCGUCGCCGCUUACACUGGGAGAUAAGCUACGGGGAUCCGAACCCCCCAAGCCCAGCCCACUGGCCAAGAGCUCCACCAGUGGCACAGCCAUUCUGGACCUGUCUGGGAAGACUGUCAUGGCUGCUCAUGCCCCACCUGUCACGGCUCAGGAUGUGAAAAGAAACUUGGCAGCGAGGUUGGCCAGGUCUCAAGCAACGACGCCAGACCGGGAAGAGAACCAACAAGCCCAUCUCAGUGGCUCCACGGUUCCUGCCAGUGCUGCCGGUCUACAGAUGAAGACGAUGACCUUGGGCCAGCAGCCUUCUGAACAUUCCAGCUCCCAGCUCCUGGGCCUGUCCUCUCCGGCCUCUGCGCUGACCACAGCUCUUGGCCCUGACCUUGAGCUGACCCAAGUCAAAGAGGAGCCCGCAGAGUUCAUCGAGGCAGCAGCAGCGGCAGCAAUCAGCUCAGAACAGCAGCGACAGCAGCAUCAGCAGUGCACUAUGCAGGUGCUUCUACAGCUGCCCACCGGUGAGACAGUCCCAGUCAGCAUCCCAGCCACCAUCAACAAACUGCAGUACCUUGGCGACCAGUCCGAGGUCAAACAUCCCGUGCAGCAACAGACAGCCAACAUCCACCCCGCACCGAGCAAAGCAGGAGCUGCCUCUAGUCAGAGCACCACCAUGGCAGUCAAGCAGAGGUUAAAAGCCCAGUUGCGGAACCAGGUGAGCCCGACUUCCAAGAUGGCCGACCAUGCCCUCACCCCGACCAACUCCGCCUUUGUCCCGGCCUCGGCGGCCGCCUCCAUCCCAUCACACAGCGCCGGCGGCCAGCAGGUCAUCCUAACUAACUCCUCCCCAGUUAUGAUGGUGGACUCGCCAGGGUCAGAGGUCAACCUCUCCGACUCGUCGGAUUACUCCAUAGACAGUAAGAGACAGAAAAUGAGCCCGGAGAAUGGUGACUCUGAGGAGAGGAGACGGAAGUUUCUGGAGAGAAAUAGAGCCGCGGCAGCACGGUGCAGGCAGAAGCGCAAACACUGGAUCAGUAACCUGGAGAAAAAAGCUGAUGAACUUUCAUCGACAAACGCGAGACUACAGAACGAAGUGAAGCUUCUCCGUGGGGAGGUGGCCCAGCUGAAGACGUUGCUGUUGGCCCACAAGGACUGUCCUGUGACACAGCAGCAGAAGUCUCAGGGACAGUUACAGCACGUGAUUCUGUCAGACCCCAGUCUGGCUUCCCAAGAGCUGGCCCAGGUGGUUCCCACGGCAGACCCGUCCUCUGCUGGCCAUGAACAGCUACAGUUGGGUCAAACCAUCGUGACCUUUCUACAGGAGCCUGUCCUUGAUCCUCGGGCUGACCUCCAGGCGGCCGCCAGCAAGAGGAAUUGAUGGGUUUUGUCACAGACAGACUAGACUUGUUUUUGUUUUUUUAUUCUCUAAAUUUUAAUUUUUUUUUUUCUUUUGGUUUGUGUGUGUGUGUAUAUUGUGUGUGUGUGUGUGUGUGUGUGUAUGUGUGUGUUUGAUGUGCAGCUGAUACUUGUUUUGAUACAUUGGAGGUGGGGGGGGGGUUAACUAAAUAGAUUUUCCUUUUAAAAAAGGAUAGGGGGUUGAAAGUGAAAUAGGGUUGGGGAGUCUUUUCAGUUGUACAAUCAGCACAGGGAAUGCUAUUAAUGUUUUUGACAGAUAUUUAUGGACAUUUGGUUUUGCUUGUCUGGUGUUUCGUGUCCCUCACAUAGAUAAUCUACUGGCGAGGGACCUUCUCCAACACAAGCCAUUAUUUGUGUCAUGACGAGAUGGAAUCAGGUACUUGUCAGUUUUUGGGCAUGUGAAAUUAAUGGUACCGGUAUUUAUUUAAAGCUUGUUUGGUCUUGCUUUUGGUGAACCAAAUACCGAUCUAUCUUGAAUAGAAUUUGAGAUAUUUGCGAUUGAAGGAGGUAUAGGUCACCUUGAAUGAAAAAUACAAUUAG